AUGUACAGCAGGCCACCCCCGGGUCGCGGGCAGCCUAGGCCAGGCCCCACGGCUGCCACCUUCUAUCCUGGGGGCACAGAUGACUUCUAUAUGCCCGAUGUCAUCUCGCCCUCUCCUCAACGAGUAAUGCCCGAAGUCCCUGAGAACAUGCAGGAUAAUAUCGCCCAUCUGGAACACGAGGUUCGCGCACCGCGACCCCAGACCCAGAGCCAGUCCUCGUACGACCGAACCCGCCAGCCUGGAUCGGGCGGCAGCUCUUACAAUCAACUAUCGUACGAAACUAUGGACCAUCCAAACUUCUCCCCCUUCCCCGUGCUUCACAACCCGCCUCCCAAUGUCCCGCCGACCGACGAGCAAAAGGAAGCCAACUUGGAGAAAGGGCGUGUCCCUGUUCUGUCUUCCAACGAUCCAGAAAUGCAGCUGGCGUGGGCCCAGGACUCCCUCUCGUACGUCGAGAUUGCCAUGCAGAACGAACUUCGUAUGUCGCAAACUCAGCCCGCCCGUCCACAAACGCCUCAGGUCGAACGCCAGCUGAGGAACGAUGCUUUGAAUAUUGUUUCCUUCCUGGCCGAACAACAUCAUCCCCAUGCGGAGUUCAUCAAAGGCAUGUGGCUGGAAUUCGGCAAGUUUGGGAUGCGUGUGGAUAAAAAGGAGGCGUUCCGCUCGUAUUCGCGGGCUGCAGACAAAGGAUAUGCUCGCGCCGAGUAUCGGAUGGGUAUGCAGUUUGAGAGUUCCAAUGAGCCUGCCAAGGCUAUCAGGCAUUAUGAAAAGGGUGUUGCCAUGCAUGACUCUGCCUCGUAUUAUCGUCUCGGCAUGAUGAUUCUUCUUGGUCAGCAUGGACAGCGACAAGAUUAUGAAAAAGGAUUGGAGUAUAUUCGCCUUGCAGCCCAGACCUGCGAUGAGAAUGCGCCUCAAGGAGCUUACGUUUAUGGCAUGUUGCUCUCUCGAGAACUGCCUCAAGUGUCCGUGCCCGACCAUUAUCUGCCCAUUGAUAUCAACGGCGCACGAGUCAAUAUCGAAAAAGCCGCAUAUCACGGGUUUGCAAAAGCGCAGGUAAAGAUGGGCGCCGCUUACGAAUUGGGACAGCUGGGAUGCGAUUUCAAUCCUGCUUUGUCUUUGCAUUAUAACGCCCUAGCUGCGAGACAAGGAGAAGCCGAGGCCGAGAUGGCAAUUAGCAAAUGGUUCCUUUGCGGUCACGAAGGACUUUUUGAGAAGAAUGAUGAAAUAGCUUUUACAUAUGCUCAACGGGCAGCUCAAAGUGGCCUUCCAACCGCCGAGUUCGCCCUCGGGUACUUUUACGAGGUCGGAAUUCAUGUUCCAGUCGAUAUUCAGGAAGCCCGCAGGUGGUAUGCCAAGGCAGCUGCGAGCGGCAACAAAGAUGCCGCUGGUCGAAUCGACAGUAUUUCGCGGUCCAAGACGCUUUCCCGCAAAGACCACGAGCAGGUCGCUAUCGCCCGUAUCAAGUCACAGUAUGGAUCUGCCGGGCGACCCCGUCCUUCGUAUGGUGGCGCGGCUCAGGCUUCGACCAUGGCACCACCCCAGGAGACUUUAGAGAUGCCCGACCCCUCGCGCAUGCGAAUAUCUGACGAUGGCUAUGGGGCGCCAUAUGGAUCUAACGGACAGGGCUAUGGACGUGGUGGGUAUCCAAGCCCACAAAUGGCCGCUGACCCUCGUCCCAGCUCUGCGUUUGGUAUCAACCCUAAUAUCCAUUCUCCCCCUUAUGGUCCAGGCAGCCCUGGCUACAACCGUGUUCCAUCAGCCGGUUCAGGCCAAGGGCCAAGCCCAGGGCCAGGACCCAUGGGUUAUCGCCAGGGUGGCCCAGGUUCCAACUCCCCUAGUAUGCAACCCGGUCCAGUUGAUAUCGGAUAUUCGGCGCCUGACCCAGGCCGCCGACGACUCCAGCGACCCGACCCCCAGGGACUAGGUCGACCUCAAGAUGUCCCAUCUAGAAAAAGAACGCCAGAACCUGGCCGGCCUUCCCCUGGGGGGUAUCCUGCCCGCAAUCAGCAAAUGCCAGCACCGGGCGGUGGACCCGGUCGACCUUCUCCAGCCUCGACACCCCGACCAGGAGGCGGCCCAGCCAACGCUCCUGCGAAGCCCAACAGCGGUGCCAGUACUCCUGCAUCUAAGCCGGCAUCGGGUGGCCUGCCCGGCAAAGGCCCGAAAACAUUUGAGGAAAUGGGAGUUCCUCAAGGCAAGCACGACAGCGAAUGCGUUGUAAUGUGA